ACAUAACCAAGAAAAAAGUUGUAAAGAAAAAUAUUUAUUAUUUAUGAAGUGGAAUAUGUUUUUAAAACCUAAUAAUAAGUUUGAUGAACGUUUUUAUUUGAUAUGGAGCAUUUUCCAAAUAGAAAAUAUAUUAUGGUAGCUCUUGUGUGUGAAAUAAACACUGCAGCAGUGCUUCUAAAUAUAGGAUUUAUUUUUAGGUUGGAGCUAGCCAUAGUUUGAAUCAAGAAUUUAAUCUAAAACUGCAUUUCUAGACAGUUUUAUAGUAGGUGAAUAUUAGAAAUGUAGACGAAACAAGUGAACAGAAAUAUAUAUUUUUUUACAGUGAUAAAAAUGGCAAAUGACUUAAUAACAAAAGGUAAAGAUAGAUUACAAGAAAUUAGCAUGAAAUUAGAACAGAGCCAUUUAGUUUAUCUACAAACAGAUGACAGUCCAUUAAAAUUACAACAACGUCAUAAACUUGAAGGUUUUAUUAAAGAGUAUCUUUGUUUUGUCCCAAAUGAAAAUAAAUAUAUAUUUCAAGAAACUGCAGAUAUAUUGCACAGAUCAGCAGCUACAUUGCAAGAUUUUAGUGGAUAUAGAGCUGCAACUGCCUGGAGUGCUAUUUCUUUAUAUGCUGCUAAUCUUUUGGCACAACCUUGGAGAAGAGAAUAUAGAACAUUAAGAACUUAUAGUGGAUAUUAUAAACAUGAAGUAGAAGCAAAUUUAAUAGGAGCAGAAUUAAUGUUUGAACAAAUGGGAUAUAAACAUACAGGAUUGGGAAUACUUACUUUGGAAGGUCCUAUUGAUCCUGAUAAAGUAUCCAGUGUAAGCAGAGAUGCAAUAGUUGCUUUUGUUGAAUGUCAGAUUUUGAAACAAAUAUGGGAGAAUGUUUCACAAAAUUAUGGUAUCUCGUGGUUAGAAGUCUUAGAAUUUCGAGAAAACCAUGUUGGUACACCAGAACAAGCAAUUAGAGCAUUAAAUUUCCGUUUUCUUGAGAAAAUGCAUCAAAGUCGAACGAAGACGGAAGAUUAUAGGGAUUAUCAUUAUCCGCAAAAUACAUGUGUAGAUGCAUCGCCGUCUAUACCUUAUCACAUUAUGCCUCCUAGUUAUAACAUACCAAUGCCUACUUGUCAGUCAGAUUAUAGAUAUAUUGAAAAUACAAAUUCGAUACCAGGAACAUAUAAAUAUUUUCAACCAAUAGAUCAUGGUUUUGGAAAUCGUUGUAGUGCCUAUGGUUGUUUAUCACAUGGUAAUAAAUAUUUAACUGGAGUCAAUCCUUAUUAUACCACAAUGCCAGGAUAUACAAAAGUACCAACAGGUAGAUUAAUUGAACUUGAUAUGCCUGUUUCUGUUGCAAAUUAUGAUAAACUCCACAAUCGGAAGAUGACCCACCGAAUAUCAAAUUUGGAGGAAAUAGAUUUUUGUAGAAGACAAUCCAGCGAUGGAGAUCAUUAUGAUUGCGGGAGAAUUGAUAAAAAGUCUGCAAAAUCAGGCAGUGAAAAAAACAAUUGUGAUUCUUGGGACUUUGUAUACAGAAAUUUAGAAAGUUUAGGCUAUUCUAAAGAUCUUGGUGAUCGAGAAGAUAUUUUACACAAACGAGAAUUUGAUUCUCGAUUGAACAAACAAAAAUCAUUUAAACAAAACGAUAGGGAUGAAAUACAUAGUAUACAUCGUUUUGAAAAAAGAAAAAGUGGGAGAAUCGAUAUGAAUGAAAUUGAUUCAUCUAUAACAAAUGGUCGACAUCAUCAUCACGAUACAUUACCUUUUAAAAAAAAGUCUUCUUCCUUUGAUUUAAUGGAUUCUAAUAGAUAUCACGAUGUAUCUUCAGAAAGUCAUUUAUCUUCAUAUAAUAAAGAAAAAAGACACGGUAGUCAAACACUUCCAAUUCAACGUUCUCAUCGAUCAGUGGAUCAAAUUGUAAAAAUUGCAGACACAUUAAAAAAUUUAGAACUUUCUCAAACAGAAACAGAAAAUGAAAUAAAAAAUGGAAGUAUGAAUUGGAAUUGUGCUACUUGCACAUAUCUCAAUUCUUCAUCAAAAGAAAUUUGCGAGAUGUGUGGAAAAUCUAGGCAUAAAGGAAAUGAAGAUAAGCCAUUAGCAAGUGGCGGAAAAGAAUGUCCACGAUGUACGUUAGUAAACGAGAAAAAUGUUUCAAUCUGUGAUGCUUGUGGUAUCAGUUUAAAAGAUUCACCUACUUAUAUUUAGAUAUUUAACUAUUUGAAAUAAAUCAUUACAUUAUUUUUUAUACAAUCAACGACACUUGAUUAAACAGUAGAAAUAUUUUAUUAAUAUUAGAUUCAUCCUUAAAU